CGCAAGGGGCGCUCCGCCCUCCUGGACGCGGUCGCUAUAGUAACCAGUCUUCGCUUCCAAGGAGUUACAAGCAUGGUAACCAUCAGUGAAAAUUCAUGAAUUUGAGCAAGGCAGUGUACUGAGCAGGAGAGACAAAGAGCUGAAAAUGGCAAAAAGAGAAACAGAUGAUCACGGAGCAUCACUUUCUCAGUCUUCUUUAUCACCCUUGACUAACGCCAUGGAGGUAUCACCGCAGAGCAAUGCUGAAGGCACCUUCAGUGGAAAUACCAUUCACCCAACUUAUAAAUGUAUUUCAAAAGAUUUACCAAGAGAGUUUAUGUCAUCCCAGGCAAAAGCAGUUAUUAAAACUACUGAAGAUUAUUUGCAGUUUGGCCCCAACAGACUUUUGCAUUCAGCAGCAGUAUCAGAAGGGUCAGGACUUCAAGAUUGCUCCACACAUCAAACAGCAUCAGAUCAUAGCCAUGAUGAAAUAUCAGACCCAUAUAGCUACAAAUCAAACAGUAAAAACAAUUCUUGUUUUUUAUCAGCAUCCAAGAGAAACAGACCUGUCAGUGCUCCAGUGGGUCAACUGAGAGUUGCAGAGUUCUCUUCUUUAAAAUUUCAGCCAGCCCAGAAUUGGCAUAGAUUGUCUCAAAGUCACAAACUUCAUCCCAGAGUGAUUACAGUAACAGCUUACAAAAAUGGAUCUAGAGCAGUCUUUGCCAAAGUUACAGUACCAACCAUCACCUUGUUGCUGGAGGAGUGCACAGAAAAGCUGAAUCUGAACAUGGCCGCACGACGAGUGUUCUUGGCAAACGGCACUGAAGCCCUCAAACCUGAAGAUAUACCCCAUGAAGCCGACGUUUAUGUUUCAACAGGAGAGCCCUUUUUAGAUCCAUUCAAAAAAAUUAAAGACCAUCUGUUGUUAAUGAAGAAAGUAACUUGGACAAUGAAUGGACUGAUGCUUCCUACUGAUGUUAAAAGACAGAAAACCAAGCCUGUUCUUUCUGAUAGAAUGAAGGAACUUACUGAGAAGACCUCAGUCCGAAUUCUGUUCUUUAAGAAUGGCACGGGGCAAGAUGGGCAUGAGAUUACAGUGGGAAAGGAAACAAUGGAAAAGGUUUUAGAUACUUGCACAGUGAGAAUGAACCUAGAUUCACCAGCCAGAUAUCUUUAUGAUUUGUAUGGCAGAACAAUUAAAGAUAUUUCAAAAGGUAAGUGA